UCUGGCAUUAAUGAAUAGUUUAGAAAGAAAGCCAGAUUGGUUUUCGAAAAGUGUGUGCGUGGGAAUUCAAUGACUCGAUUCAGAUGAUGAUGGAUGAGAUAGUAUGAUACUACACGAUUUGGUUCUAUAAAUAAAUAAAAGCUAGAUCAUCAUUCUCACUCACAUCUCUCCUGGUCAACGCUGCGAAUCCUUCACCAUUUGGCUCCAAGAUGUGGAAGCUCUGCUUCUGUCUACCAUUCCUACUCCUUGACAUCGGUGUAGCCAAGGCUUCUGCUUCCAUAUACCUCCCUAGUCAAACCGGCGCUGACGGUUCUUCGAGUCCUGUUUGCUCCUCCCCGGAUCCAAAACUGAACUACAGACCGGUCAUAGGGAUACUGAGCCACCCUGGAGAUGGAGCGUCGGGUCGGUUGACCAAUGAUACGACCUCGACUUACAUCGCAGCUUCUUACGUGAAGUUCGCGGAGGCAGGUGGAGCACGUGUCAUCCCUCUCAUCUACAACGAGCCUGAAGAAGUUCUCUUCAAGAAGCUAGAGCUAGUCAAUGGUGUGAUAUUCACUGGUGGUUGGGCUAAAAAAUAUGAGUAUUUCGACAUGGUUACAAAAAUCUUCAAAAAAGCUUUAGAGAGAAAUGACGCUGGAGAGCAUUUUCCAAUAUAUGGCAUUUGUCUCGGUUUCGAGCUUAUGUCUAUCAUCGUUAGUCAGGAUAGAGGCAUUCUUCAAAGAUUUGAUGCAGAAGAUAAUGCGUCAAGUCUCCAAUUCGUUGAAAAUGUUAAUAUUGAAGGAACCUUAUUCCAAAGAUUUCCUCCAGCGUUAUUGAGAAAACUCAGUACAGACUGUUUGGUUAUGCAGAAACACAGGUGGGGUAUCACACCAGAAAAAUUUAAAGCCAAUCAUGCUCUGUCUAGUUUCUUUGACAUUGUGACAACCUGCAUUGAUGAAAACAGCAAGACUUAUGUUUCAACUGUUAAAGCAAAGAAGUACCCAAUAACUGGUUUCCAGUGGCAUCCUGAGAAAAAUGCGUUUGAAUGGGGUUCAUCUCAAAUUCCACACUCAGCUGACGCUAUCCAGGUGACACAGUACGCUGCUAGUUAUUUAGUCAGUGAAGCUAGGAAGUCACUGAACAGACCAUCUUCUGAAAAAGUGCUGAAGAACCUCAUAUACAACUACAAGCCUACGUACUGUGGAUACGCAGGGAAGGGUUAUGACGAAGUAUACCUUUUUACACAACCAAGAUCCCGUUUAUAAGAGCGUCUUCAGUCUUGUGUGUUUGUUCAAGUGAAACAGUGCAUGUAUCUCUUAUCUCAGUUAAAAGGAGCCUAUUGUUUUGGCUCGUCUGGGUGAUUUCUCUUAUACUUCUGUUUAUUAUCUCUUUGGAAUUGGAUCCUUUCAAAGGUUGGAAUUGGUGUUAUGUUUGUCUUUUUAGCAAUAAAGAUUUGGCAUACGAACCACCAAAAGGAUUGUUAAUAAAUAAAUCGAUCACAGAUUGCAGAAAAUAGUUACCAAUAAGAUACAAGAAGUCCUAAUUAGUUAAAACACUUCCAAAAGCUUCACAUCCUCUACUUGGUCUUAAAGAGUGAAGAUUUGAGAAUGCUUAACCGCGCUACCCUUCCUUGGAUUCCAACUCGUAUAGUUGUGUUUCUCUCUCGGUAUUGAACCAGUGAUGCUUCUUGAACUCUGCUAGUAUCUGUCAACUGUUUAAUACGUAUAUCUCUUGGUAUUUGCCGACAAAAAAUUUCCGGUUUAUUUCUAAACCGGUAUUCUCAUCUAAUGUACCGAGUCAGACCAACACUGCCUCUUGAGUUUCUUCUCCCCAAGCAAAGCUUCUUUAAUUUUUCCUCUUAGACCAAUCGUGUGGUCUCGCUCCUUUCUAAUCGCAAGUAUUCAUCUUUUUCGAAGUUUUCUCUCGAUCUUAAAGUAGACUCGUUUCUAAUAGUUCAGUUCUGUCGUUUAGAGUUCCCUAGAUUACUCGGUCUUUACUGUUUUAGAGAUUGAUGCUUAGGAAAUGAUACUUAGUUACGGAAGCUUUUGUUAUGUAUGUUCAACUAGCUUUACAAAGUUCUUACAUUUUCGAUUUCUUAAGCUUUUGUUAUGAUAUGUUGUGUAAAGGUGAGAACUUUGAAGCUUGAGGCUUAUACAAUGGGGAGGAUAAUGGAAUGGGCAGCAAGAUCUGAUCAUUUGGGAGGAAUCCCAAGAAAAACUGUGAUAACAGCCGUUGGUGCUUUCGCGAGAGCAGUAGCUAAUCUUUGCAACAAAACCAAAGUUCACAAUGCAGAUACUCUUAUGACUCUUGUCCGUUCACGACCACCUGGUGUUCCUCUCAUCACUGUUAGUAAUCACAUGUCCACUUUAGAUGAUCCAGUAAUGUGGGGAGGGUUCAAGGGUCUUCUUUCUUUAGAUCCAGAGUUGGCUCGAUGGGUUCUUGCUGCUGAGGACAUAUGUUUCAAGAACCCUGUCUUCUCCUACAUCUUCCGCACUGGCAAGUGUAUACCUAUAACUAGAGGUGGUGGAAUCUAUCAAGAACACAUGAGUGAAGCGCUCCAACGA